AUGGAGGAAGAACCUAAGCGAAUAAAAGUGACGUGGAGCGAUGAUUUGAGUCACAAUUCUGAAGAGGAAAGAGAACGGGAACGCCAAGCGCAGCUCGAGCGUGAGCUAGCGCAGCUCCCGGUCAAGCCAGUUUACGAACCCGAAGAACUUCAGAAAUUGGUGUCCUACAUAAUGGAUAUAACCACCCUCUACGAUCUACGCGACGAGGACUGGAAUGAUGAAACAAAAGCGGGUAUAGAAGACUGGAUCACAGAACCACGAGCUCUCGUUUUAUGUGUUUACUUCAAAGGCGAUAAACUGAAAGCUGCGUCAGAUAUACCCCUAUCUCCGGUUUAUGAUCUGAUGUAUUUUAUUAGGCAACCCGACUUUGUUUUCAAGGCUGAAACAUUUCAUGAUGACAUUGUUUUUGGCACGUUCGUGGAUUCAGUUGAAUCGAAUAUGAUCAAGAUAUUGGAAUUGGUGUAUGCUCCGUACUUCUUUGCAAUAAGAACUUGGCCAGACAGUGUCAAAAGUGAAUUCUGCUCCCAAUUGCACACAUUUCUUGCCAAGCUAACUGAUAUGUACUACAAAAUGCUCGGUCUUACCGUCUUAUAUAUACCUCGAGAGGGUCAAGAUCUGACCUUCGAAAAAGCAAGCGCUGAUAGAGAACUGGUGAAGCGGCUGGAAGGUGUAGUGGUAUAUUGGACACACCAGAUUAAAUCCUGUAUCGAAGAUCAGUCUUCGGUUGCUUCACAAAAAGAACUGUUAUGUCCAAGCGAUGAGUAUGACUUUUGGGUGUACCGACAUGAGAACCUGAGUGCUCUACUCUACCAAUUACGUAACCCGGCAGUGAAACAUAUCACAAAAAUACUAGUAACAACGCAUUCCACUUUCAUUCACCAAUUUCAAGCGCUCUGUGAUGAAAUUAAUCAGAAGAUCAAAGAAGCAACAUCCAAUAUUGAGUUCCUUCAAGUCAUUAAGCAGCCCUGCGCGAUACUGGAGUGUGUCGAAGACCCGGAUGAAAUAUCCAAUCACAUUCCGCAAAUCAUAAAUUUAUUUCGAGUUAUCUGGAUGGAGUCGCCAUACUAUAAUAGCGAAACGCGUAUAACAAAUCUAUUUAAAGCCUUGAGCAAUCAAAUUAUAAUCCUCUGCCGUAACUACAUAAAACUUGAAGACCUCUUUGAUGGUCAAACUAAGAAGGCUCUUGGCGAGUUCAGCAAAUGUAUAGAUUGCUGCAAAAGGUACAGAGAGAUAUACGAUCUAAUGGCAGAAGCUCAUGGCGAGGUAAAUCCAGGAACUUGGGAGUUGGAUACUGGCUCCAUAUUUAAUUACAUAGAUUCCUUUGUGCAGCGAUGUUUUGACAUGCUCGAUGUUUGUAACUGCAUGAUUAUAUUUGGAAGGAUUGACGAACUAGAGGUUAUACAUAAGCCAAUGUUUGCCGGUGCUCGUGGUAUAAUUAUAGAAAAUUUGGUAGAAACAGUGUUUGAAGGAGUUAAUCAUGUAGAAGAAGCUGUUGUGGCCCUGUAUUCGCUACACAAUUAUUCAAAGCGCAAAAGCCUGAAACGUAUUUUUAAGAGAAAAACGGCUGAAGUUUGGGCCAUGUUCAGUGACGAAGUGCAAGAAGCCAAGAAGGAUAUGGUAUCAGCUCGCGGUCAGUAUCCGUCUGACUUGCCCUCGUUUGCCGGUAGAGCGGUUGUGCUUCGCAUGAGGAAGAAUAGGCUAGCAUAUUUGAAGAAGGUAAUGACCGAUGCUUCAGUCUGGUUGAUGGCGUGCAGCAACUCCGAAGAUGUGAUCAUGCACGUCAAUAGACUGAUGGGUGCCAUUGACGUUGCGAUCCGUGAAUUGUGGAUAUCCUGGACGCACAACUUGGAUGAGAAGUGCGGAGCCGGUCUGAACAGGACGCUGAUGAGAAAGAGUGCUGAAAAUCCUGGUCUGCUAGAAUGCAACAUCGAUGUGAACAUUCUGGAACUGUGUAAGGAGGCACAUCACUGGGAGAAUUUGAAGUUGGAUAUUCCAUUGCAUGCGUAUGCUGUAUACAAUAAGAGCAAGACAGUAUUUUACGUGUACGAGAGUGUACUGGCUGUAGUGAAGGGAUAUAAUAAGAUCAUUGACUCUUUGUCUGAAGACGAGCGCCUUCUAUUCAAACCACUGACCACGGCAUGUGAGAAAAAAGUUCAACCGGGAAUUUUUAAGCUGACUUGGACUUCCACUAUGUCUGAUGCUUAUAUCGCCGACUGUGUAACACAGAUUGGUGAACUUCAAGACUUUUUGACCACUUACAAAAACUGUAAUCUCAACUUAAUCAAAAUAAUGGAGCAAAUUUGUGACACACCUCUUAUUGAGUUUGAUAUUUACAAUGUAUUUGAAAUUCAAGUACUUCGCGAAACCAUUCGAGCUAUGGAAACAGAAGGAGUAACUAAAAUAUUGGAUAUGUAUAGAGAAAUAAUAAUUUAUAUAAUCAUUGUGUAUGAGGGUUUCGAAGCAUAUAUAGGACAGAUGGCGGAGCAUUGGGUCAAAUAUGUAAGACGAUUUGAUCGGCUCAUGGAGGAUGCUUUGAGAUUAGCCAUCAAAGCCACUAUGCAAAAUAUGUACAAGUGCGUUCACGGAGACGGUACCAUGGCCCCUUCGCCGUUAAUAAAAAUGCAAUUAUAUUUAUCUGGUAAAAACAUAAUUUAUUUGCCAAGCAAAAGUGAAAUAGUGGACUCUUUCACCACGGUACUAGAAGAAAUCGUACACAUAUUAAGUACAAUACCCAGACUGUUCGAAAAAUUUGGUUUACCUGCUGGUGGUCUGAAAAAGUUCAAUGAAGUAAUUAAAAGUGAUCCUGAUACAAACAAGUUACAAUCACUUAUUGAUACCGAAAUUGAAUAUAACUUGACGCUUAUAAAUGACCAUAUCCGUAUGUGGGAUCCUUACUCUCAUAUUUGGAAGGUGGACAAAGAUGAAUUUAUGAUCAAAUAUCGUGAAGAGCGACAUAAGGCAGCGGACUUCGAUGAAUUAAUUAUAAACUACAGCAAUUUAGCAAACGCGGUGCAAAUCCAAGAAACAAUCAAUCAGAUACAUUUCAUCACGCUGAAUUCUAGUGAAUUGAAGAAGUCAAUAAUAGCGCAUUGCCUUGUGUGGCAAAUUAAGCUUGGAGAGCUGUUGAGAGUAAUCACCGAGGCCGACAUCGAUGUUGUCUAUGCUUACAUAGAGAAAAGCAGCGUAGAAGCUAUGACUAUGCCAGCUGAUUUACAAGAACUUGCAAGUGCAAUUGCUACGUAUGAGCGUCUACUUUCCGAAAUAGCUCCUUUCGAAAAAACGUUUCCACCGAUAACGGAUCAAAUGAUGACUCUGGCCAAAUUCGAAGUUGAACUCGGUUCAGAUAUGAUGACUCGUCAUGAAAAUAUACCAGUUGUGUGGGCUGAAUAUUUAAAUUUACUGGAGGAAGCAAAGAAAGCGUUAGAAAUGAAUAAAGAUAAAUUUAAAGCAGAGUUACUGGAACAAGCCGAGGUGUUCAAAGAAGCUGCUAAAGACUUUUGCGAAGAUUUCUAUAAAACAGCUCCUUGCAGCUCAGAUGUUAGCGGAAAAGAUGCUAUGGCACAGUUGAAGGCUUAUAGAGAACAGCUUAAUGCAUUACGUGCCCAAGAACAGCAAAUAAGAGAUGGACUUGCAGUCUUUAAUCUAACAACGCCAGUGAAUCUGGAUCUACAAAGGAUGGAAAAGGAAUUGGAGAAAUUGGAGGAGGUAUGGGGAUUGGUGUUCCAAUGGGAGGAAUCGUGGGAAAAAUAUAAAACGCAAACAUUCUGGGAAAUGGAAACGGAUGAAAUGGAAGACAACGUUAUGUACCUCUUUAGAAAUUUCAAUCGCCUCUCUCGCCAGCUAAAAGAUAAGGGUUGGGAUAUUAUUGAUACCACCCGCGUAAAAGUAGACGCUUUCCGAAGAACCUUGCCCCUUAUUGGUGAUUUGAAAAAUCCGUGUAUGAGAGAACGACAUUGGGACAGAAUAAAAGCGCUUAUGGGCGUAGAGUUCGAUCAAAACUCAGAAGAUUUUAAAUUAGAGUUAAUUAUGCGACUUAACUUCCAAGCAUAUGCUGAAGAUAUAGCUGAAAUAUCGAAUGCAGCUACAAUGGAACUAAAUAUCGAAAACGGUCUAAAAGCUAUUCGCGAAGUUUGGAAAAACACAACGUAUGAAAUGCAACAUCACCGAGGGGAAAUGUAUAAAAUUAAAAACGUGGAAGAUGUUAUGCAGUUCCUGGAAGACCAUCAAGUGCAACUCUCUUCAAUGAAAUCGACGAAAUACGUCGAGCCUUUCAUAAAAGAGGUUGAUUAUUGGGAGAAGUCGUUGGGUUAUGUUGCGGAAUGCAUAGAGAUCUCACUCCAAGUACAAAGGCGUUAUCUCUAUCUUGAAAGUAUAUUUAGCGGAGAGGAUAUUCGAAAACAAUUACCGAACGAAGUAAAGAUUUUCGAUGCGCUUUGUAAUGACUGGACAGAAAUAACUAGCAAUAUGUAUGCUGGAACAAAUGCAGUUGAAGCUUGCCUAUAUAAACCAGCCCCAUACUUAUUUAAUAAGCUUAACACAAUGGUAGAUAACUUAGAUGGAAUAUUGCGUGCUCUAGAAAAGUAUUUAGAAACUAAAAGACAACUUUUUCCAAGAUUUUACUUUAUAUCCAAUGACGACUUACUGGAGAUAUUGGGAAAUUCAAAAAAGCCGCAAUUGAUACAAGUUCAUUUGAAAAAAUUGUUUGAUAACGUCAAUAAAAUAAGGAUUGAUAAGAAUGCUCUGGGUCUGCCUGUUGCAAAAGCUAUGAUGUCUGAUGAUGGUGAAUGCAUUGAGUGGAAAUAUAACUUGGUGCUGGAUGGGCCCGCUGAAGUGUGGCUACUUGGUCUAGAAAGUACUAUGAGAGUUGUUCUCCGAGAACAAUUGAUUUUAACAAGGGCUGCCUUGAGGAAGUGUCGGUAUCAGCGAGAACAGUGGAUCAACGAUUGGCCUGGGCAGCUUGGAAUUACAUGCAGUAAGAUACAAUGGACUUCAGACUGUACGCGCACCCUGUGUCGCUGCGAAAUAAUGAAAGAGAAGAAGCCUUUGAAGAAACUGCGCAAAAAGCAGAAUCAGAUCCUGAGCACGCUACAAUACAUGUCAAGGAAGGAGAUCAGUAAGAUACUUCGGUGCAAAGUGAAUGCGUUGUGCGUUAUUGAAAUACAUUCAAGGGACACUGUCGAUAGGAUGUAUAAAAUGGGUUGUAUGACGGUAACAGCAUUCGAAUGGUUUUCCCAGCUGAAGUUCUAUUGGGACCGCGAGCGUGAGGACUGUUACAUUAGACAAACAAACACUAACUCUAUUUAUACUUACGAGUAUAUCGGCAAUUCUGGGAGACUCGUCAUUACUCCUUUGACGGACAGGUGCUACAUAACGUUAACGACAGCGUUGCACCUGUUCCGCGGGGGCAGUCCGCAGGGCCCCGCGGGGACGGGCAAGACGGAGACCACCAAGGACCUGGGCAGAGCGCUAGCUAGAUGGGUGGUGGUCACCAAUUGCUCUGAUGGUCUCGAUUAUAAGUCGAUGGCUAAGUGCUUUGCAGGUAUUGCCCAAAGCGGCUGUUGGGGCUGCUUCGACGAGUUCAACCGCAUCAACAUUGAAGUGCUCUCGGUGGUGGCUCAGCAGAUCCUUGCUGUGUUAUUGGCUCUAUCGCUUUUCCUAAAGAGAUUCGUGUUUGAGGGCUGCGAUAUUAAGCUCGAUGGCAAUUGUGGAAUAUUCAUUACAAUGAAUCCUGGUUACGCCGGUCGAACAGAAUUACCCGACAAUUUGAAGUCAAUGUUUCGUCCGAUCGCCAUGUGCGUACCGGAUUCGCUGAUCAUCGCUGAGAACACCUUGUUUUCUGAUGGAUUCACGGCAUAUAAAAUUAACGCCAAGAAGGUGUUCACUCUAUACCAGCUGGCGAUGCAGCAGCUGUCGAAGCAGGACCACUACGACUUUGGUCUGCGCUCGAUGGUCGCUUUGUUGCGAUAUGCGGGCGUGAAACGUAGGGCCUAUCCUAACUUGCCGGAACAGGAGAUGGUGAUACUAGCGAUGCGCGAUAUGAACGUGGCCCGCCUCACGGCCAAGGACGUGCCGCUGUUUGACGGGAUCAUGCAGGACAUAUUCCCAGACGUGACCGUGCCCACGCUGGACUAUGAGAUGCUGGAGACGGCGAUCUCGGCGGAGAUGAGACUGGCCGGCCUGCAGCCGGUGAGGGCCGCGCUGCAUAAGGUCAUACAGACUUUUGAGACAAAGAACUCCCGCCACUCAAGCAUCCUGCUCGGCGACACGAACACCGCCAAGUCGGUCUCGUGGAAGAUGCUGGCAGCGACCCUCAGCCGGCUGAAGCGGGAGAGAAUACCCGGCUUUGAGAACGUCCAGGUCAACCCCAUGAACCCCAAGGCGCUGACGCUCGGCGAGCUGUACGGGGAGUACAACCUGGCCACCGGGGAGUGGAAGGAUGGCGUCCUCUCAUCCAUCAUGCGAACUACUUGUCAAGACGAGUCGCCUGAUCAGAAGUGGAUAAUUUUCGACGGUCCCGUAGAUGCUAUUUGGAUUGAGAACCUCAAUUCUGUGAUGGAUGAUAAUAAACUGCUGACGCUUGUGAACAGUGAGAGGAUCUCCAUGCCACCUCAGGUGUCGCUGCUGAUAGAAACCUUGGAUUUGGCAGUGGCCUCUCCGGCCACGGUGUCCCGUAACGGUAUGGUGUACAACGACUACAAGGAUUGGGGCUGGUGGCCGUACGUCAACUCGUGGCUGGAUACCGUCGACGACGUGGAGUACAGGGAGAUGCUGCGGCGGCACUUCGCGAACAUCCUGACGCCGGCGCUGGAGCUGAAGCGGCUGCAGCUGGUGGAGGGGCAGAGCGUGCGCGGGCAGGAGUUGACGGGCGCGCGCUCGCUGUGCCGCCUGCUGGGCCUGCUGCCGCCGCCCGCCGCGCCGCAGCCCGACGAGGAGGACAACGAGGCGCUCUCCAAGAUGCGCUUCCUCUUCGCUAUGAUAUGGUCAGUUUGCGCGACACUCGAAGAGGAAUCGAGACGCAAACUCGACAACUGGGUGCGCGAGCACGAAGGAGUAUUUCCGCUUAAGGACACAGUGUACGACUACUAUGUGGACGAGAGGCUGCGACAGUUUAAGCCGUGGGAAGAUAAGUUGCCUGAUAACUGGCGGUUUAAUCCAAGUCUCGGUUUCCACAACAUCCUGGUGCCCACGGUGGAGUUCAUCCGCGUGCAGAUAAUCGCGCUGGACAUGCUGAAGGCGGGCUACGGCGUGCUGGUGGGCGGCGGCACCGGCACCGGCAAGACCUUCCUCAUCCAGGGCACGCUGGCCCAGCUGGACCCUUCCAAAUACAGCACGCAAGUUAUCAACAUGUCGGCCCAAACGACGGCCGCUAACGUACAAGAUAUCAUCGAAGCGAGACUGGAAAAGCGGACGAAGGGAAACUAUGUUCCUGCUGGAGGCAAGAAGAUGAUAGCGUUCAUGGACGACAUCAACAUGCCGGUGCGCGACGAGUACGGCUCGCAGCCGCCGCUCGAGCUGGUGCGGCUCUGGCACGACUACGGCUACUGGUUCGACCGCCAGAAGCAGUGGCGGAAGAAUGUCAAGGACAUGGUGCUGUGCGGCGCGGCGGGCCCGCCGGGCGGCGCGCGGUCGGCGCUGCCGGCGCGGCUGCUGUCGUGCUUCCACGCGCUGUUCCUGCCGCCGCCCACGCACCAGCAGCUGGUCAAGAUAUUCGGCACCAUGCUGUCGCAGCACCUGCACGACUUCGACGAGGAGACUAAGACGAUCGGAAAAAUUGUGCUAAUCGCAACUAUAGACAUGUUCAACAACAUUGUUGCCAAGUUGUUGCCGACACCGAGCAAGAUGCACUAUCUCUUCAAUUUGCGAGAUAUAUCCAAGAUUUUUCAGGGUUUGUUAAGAAGCAACAAGGAUUAUCAAAACACUAAGCCACGAUUCUUACGUCUGUGGGUUUGCGAGUGCUUUAGAGUUUUCUCCGAUCGGCUCACCGAGGAAAAGGACCGGGACUGGUUCAUGGGGCAAAUGGGCGACAUGCUCGGCAAGCACUUCGAGCUGACGUUCCACGCGCUGUGCCCCACAAAGAGCGCACCGAUCUUUGGCCACUUCCUCAACCCCUUUGAGGUGUACGACGACCUGAAUGAUCCUAACGCUCUGCGGAGGUACAUAGCGAACCAGAUGGAGGAGUACAACAGCUGCCCGGGCGUGGUGAAGAUGGACCUGGUGCUGUUCAAGGACGCGAUCGAACACAUCGUGCGCAUCGUGCGCGUCGUGUCGCAGCCGCGCGGCCACAUGCUGUGCGUGGGCAUCGGCGGUUCCGGACGACAGAGUUUGACCCGCGUCGCGUCUUACAUUUGCGAGUGCAACUCGUUCCAAGUCGUCGUAACUAAAACGUACGGCGUUAAAGACUUCAGGGAGGACUUAAAGGUCCUGUACACCAGUUGUGGUGUCGACUGCAAGAAAACGACGUUCAUAUUCUGCGAUACGCAGAUUGUCGAGGAGACAUUUACGGAGAUCAUCAACAACUUGCUGAGCAGUGGGGAAGUUACCAACUUGUAUAAGCCGGAUGAGUUUGAAGAUAUAAAACAAGCUCUCGAGAAGCCAAUGAAAAAUGCGAAUUUAGUGCAAACGGCGGAGACUGUGUAUUUAUUCCUCGUGGACCGCGUGCGGGCUAACAUGCACAUUGUGUUGUGCUUCAGUCCCAUUGGAGACGAGUUUAGAAACCGUAUCCGCCAGUACCCAGCUCUGAUAAACGCGACGACCACAAACUGGUUCCUGGAGUGGCCGCGCGAGGCACUGCUCGAGGUGGCUUACAAGUUCCUCGACGGUGUGGAGUUGCUGGCCUCUAUUACUGGACCUAGGGUGCGCCGCAAGGAGUCUCUGGUGGAGUCGCGCGAGGACAUCCUCCGCGCGUCGGUGGCGUCGAUAAUGUCGCUCAUCCACUCGUCGGUGGGCCGCUACUCGGUGCGCAUGUGGCAGGAGAUGCGACGCACCAACUAUGUCACGCCCACCAACUAUCUGGAGCUAGUGUCGGGGUAUAAGGAAAUGCUGAAGGCGAAGCGUAUAGAAGUGGCGCUACAAGCGAACAAGCUCCGCAACGGCCUGGGCAAGGUGGAGGAGACAACCAAACUUGUUGGCCAGAUGUCCGAAGAAUUGGCCGUUGCGCAGGUGCAAGUGGCGGAGUACACGGAGCAGUGCAUCGAGUACAUGGGCGUGAUCAACGUGCAGCAGCGGAACGCGGACGAGCAGCAGCGCUCCGUGGCGGCGCGCAGCAAGAAGACCAUGGAGGAGGAAGUGCAGUGCAAGAAGCUGGCCGACGCCGCCAUGCGCGACCUGGCCAGCGCCAUGCCCGCGCUCGAGGAAGCCGUCAAGGCGCUCGAUGCACUGAAUAAGAAAGACAUUACUGAAGUGAAAUCAUAUGCGAAGCCUCCUCAGAAGGUCGAAAUGGUCUUGGAAGCUGUGCUCAUACUCUUACAGAAAGAACCGACUUGGGCUGAAGCGAAACGGCAGCUCGGCGACCAGUACUUUCUGGACCGCCUGCGCGAGUUCGAUAAGGACAACAUCGCGGACAAAACCCUCAAGAAGAUCGGCACCUACACGGCCAAGCCGGAUUUCGACCCGGAGAUUGUGGGCACAGUGUCGCUCGCGGCCAAGUCACUGUGCCUCUGGGUGAGGGCUAUCGAGAAGUAUGGGAAGGUCUACAAGAUAGUAAAACCGAAGAAAGAGCGGCUGGAGGAAGCAUUGGAAUCGCUGCGCAUGAAGCAGCAGAUACUAGCGGAAGCGCGAGCGAAGUUGCGCGAGCUGAGCGAGAUGAUCGCUCGCUUGCAGAAGGAGUACGACGAGAAGGUGGCGCAGAAGGAGGAGCUCGAGAGGAAGUCGCGGCUGCUGCAGCUGAAGCUGGAGCGGGCGGAGGCGCUCAUCACCGGCCUGUCGGGUGAAAGAGAGCGUUGGGAGUUGACGGUUGAACGAUUGGACAAGGAAUUUGACAAUCUGCCCGGGGACUGUCUCAUCGCGACCGGCUUCGUGGCCUAUCUGGGACCCUUCGUGUCUGAAUACAGAGAGGCUCUCAUGUAUGAUUGGUUUAGUGAGGUUUAUAACGAAGGUGUGCCGUGUACUAUGGACCUCAGUAUGAAAAAUUUCCUACUUGAUGAUGCUACAUUGCGUGACUGGAAUUACAUGGGACUGCCUGAUGACAACUUCAGUGCCGAGAAUGGUAUAAUUGUGGUCCGAGCGACAAGAUGGCCGCUGGCCGUCGACCCGCAGGGACAGGCGCUCAUUUGGAUAUCCCGUCUCGAGGAGAAGAAUGAUAUACAGAUUGUCGAUUUCGGUCAACCAAAUUACCUGAAGAUAAUGGAAACAUGCCUCACUGACGGCAAGCCGGUGAUCGUUCAGAACGUGGGAGAAGUUCUGGAUCCUUCUAUAGCUCCAAUUUUAGACAAGGCGAUUGUAAAAAUUGGCACGGCGCUUGUCAUCAAGUUUAAUGAGAAGAUGGUGCCUUAUAAUACUGCCUUUAAGAUGUACUUGACCACUAAGCUCGGCAACCCAGUGUACACGCCGGAAACGCUAACGAAGACAACAAUGGUGAACUUCGCGGUGAAGGAGCAGGGUCUGACGUCGCAGCUGCUCGGCAUCGUCGUGCGCAAGGAGCGGCCCCAGCUCGAGCUGAUGAAGGACAAUCUGGUGAUGACCAUCGCGCACAACAAGAAAGUGCUGGUGGAUCUCGAAAACGACCUAUUGCGCAUAAUGUACGAGUCGCAAGUGCCGCUCCUAGAGAACGAGGAGCUAUUCGUGACGCUGCAGACUUCGCAACGGACGUCGCUGGAGGUCAAGGAGGCUCUCAUAACCUCGCAGGUUACUGAGAAGGAGAUUGACACUGCGAGACAGGGCUACGUGCCGGUGGCGGUGCGCGCGUCCGUGCUGUUCUUCGCGCUGAACGACCUGUCCCGCAUCGACCCGAUGUACCAGUUCUCGCUGGACGCCUACACGGACCUGUUCACGUACUCCAUCGACCGCAGCCCCAAGGGCGGCGAGCUGGAGGACAGGAUCAACAACCUCAACGAGUUCCACACCUUCGCCGUUUACAAAAACACAUGCCGCGCUCUGUUCGAACGUCACAAGCUGCUGCUGUCGUUCCACAUGGUCUCCCGGAUCCUGUUCCAGAUGGGAAAGAUGAGCAUGCACGAGUAUCUGUUCCUACUGAAGGGCGGCGUGGUUCUGGAUCGAUCGGAACAACCGGAUAAUCCUACAAAUUGGCUGCCAGACGACUGUUGGGACAACGUGACCGAGCUGGACAAGUUGCCCGGCUUCCACGGCGUUAUCGACGCCUUCGAGACCUUCUCAAAGGAGUGGCGCGAGUGGUACCUGCACCCCGAGCCCGAGACCCAGCCGUUAGUCGGCGAGUGGAACGAGGUGUGCAACGAGUUCCAGCGCAUCCUGUUCGUGCGCUCGCUGCGCGCCGACCGCGUGUCCGCCUGCGUCUCCACCUUCAUCGUCAACACGCUCGGCCCGCGCUACGUCGAGCCGCCCGUGCUCGACAUCAAGGCGGCGUGGGAAGAAUCCUCGUGGAAGACCUCGCUUCUGUUCGUUCUGUCGCCGGGAGUGGAUCCCACGGCGUCCCUCAUCCAGUUGGCACAGGACGUCAAAAUGUUCGACAAGUUCCAGUCGCUCAGCCUGGGGCAAGGGCAGGCGCCCACGGCUGCGAAGAUGCUGUCGCACGGCAUGAAGGAGGGCGGGUGGGUGUUCCUCGCGAACUGCCACCUGGCGUGCGCGUGGCUCGGCUCCAUCCGCGGGCUGGACAACCCGCGCAUCCACCCGCGCUUCCGCCUGUGGCUGUCCUCCAUGCCGGACGACAAGUUCCCGCUCGGCGUGCUCCAGCGCAGCAUCAAGAUGACCACCGAGCCGCCGCAGGGCUUAAAGGGCAAUCUAGUUCGAAUAUUCUCGAACAUAAGCGAAGAGAAGUUCGACGAGGCGACGCCCAAGUACCGGCGGCUGCUGUUCUGCGUGUCGUUCUUCCACUGCACGCUCAUAGCGCGCAAGCGGUUCCGCCAGCUCGGCUACAACGCGGUCUAUAGCUUUAACGACUCGGAUUUUGAUGUGUCGGACAACCUGCUCGCCAACUACCUGGAGGAGUACGAGGAGGUCCCGUGGGACGCGCUGCGCUACCUGUUCGCCAUCAUCAACUACGGCGGCCACAUCACCGACGACUGGGACAAGCGCGUGCUCAUCGCCUACAUCAACCAGUUCUUCUGCGAGGAGGCACUCGAGACGCCCUUCUACAGGCUGUCCAGCAUCCCCGCGUACCACAUCCCGCGCGACGGCAGCCUGGAGUCGUACCGCGACUUCCUGGACCUGCUGCCGCCGCAGGAGCGCGCCGAGUCGGUCGGCCAGCACGCCUCCGCCGACGUCGCCACGCAGGCGCAGGAUGCACUCAUCAUGUGUUCUACUUUGUUCGCCCUCGCCUCGACUGGUGGCGGCGGAGGAGGGGGAGGGGAGGAUCAAAAGGUGGACGAGCUAGCAGCCGAGAUGCUAGCGAAACUGCCGUCCAAAAUCGACGUGGAGACCACGGAGCGCAUGAUGGGCCCCGAGAUCGUGAUGCCCAUGUGCGUGUCGCUGCUGCAGGAGAUCGGCUACUACAAUGUGCUCAUAUCCGGUAUCACGGCUGGCUUGAAGGAAUUACGUCGUGCUAUCGAAGGGUUGGUGGUGAUGUCCGAUAUGCUCGAGAUCAUGUACACCUGUAUAUUCGAAGGAAGAGUGCCAACUUUCUGGCAGAAAGCGAGGCCGUCAAUGAAGCCGCUGGGCUCGUGGUGCCGCGAGCUGUACCUGCGCGGCGCGCACCUGGGCGCCUGGGCCAACGCGCCGCGCGCCCCCCCCACGCUGUGCUGGCUGCCCGCGCUCGUGGCGCCCACCGGCUUCCUCACCGCCGUCAUGCAGACGACGGCGCGCGGCGAGGGCUGGCCCAUCGACACGCUGUGCUGGGAGUUCACCGUCAUGCCGCUGGAGGAGACCGCCUUCGUGCGCCCCCCAAGGGACGGGGGGGUUUACAUACGGGGUUUAUACCUGGAGGGCGCGAGCUGGAACAAGAAGGAGGGCUACCUGCAGGAGCCGCUGCCGAUGCAGCUCGUGUUCCCCGUCUCGCCGAUACACUUCAAGCCGGUGCGCAGCUCGGGCCGACGCCUCAAGAAUCGCUACGUGUGUCCAACGUACUAUUAUCCGAAGCGAAUGGGCGCGUUUGUUGUGGCCGUAGACCUGCUUUCCGGAAAGGAAUCGCCGGACUUUUGGGUGAAGCGUGGCACUGCCCUACUGUGCACUUUGGCCACUUAGUGUUUUAGUGUUAUUGGCAGUACUAGUUCAUUAACGAUUAAAGAGUGUUUUA